AACACAACUGUUGCUAUAAAAGGGCGAGCAAUUGCUUUGUUGAAAUUGCAAAACUUUAGAAACAGUUGAGAUGCCAAAGGUCCAAUUGCUUAUGACAUUGCUGCUGUUGGCAUUUACAAAUGCCGAUGUGAGUGGUCCUCAAGACCCAUCACUUCCAGGCCCGCAAACAUAUGCACCAAUUGAUGAAACAACAAAGAUCUCAACUGCAGUAUCAUCAUCAUCGGAGCCAGCAGAUACGGCAGCUACAACAGUUGCAGCAGGAGAUGAAGAACCAAAACAAGAUGCAGAUGGAACACCAGAUGCAGAUAUAAAGCCAGAUUCGAAUGCGAAACCCGAUGCUGAUGCAACACCAGAUGCAGAUAUAAAGCCAGAUUCGGAUGCGAAACCCGAUGCAGAUGGAACACCAGAUGCAGAUAAAAUGCCAGAUACGGAUACGAAACCCGAUGCCGAUACUGAUGUGGAUGCAGAGGACUCAGCAGAGGAAGGAAUCGCAACAACCAUUGAGCAGCUGGAAAGCUCCACAACAACUCCAAUUGAAGACACUCACCACGAACACCACCAACAUAGCAUAGGACAUGUCCACGCUCACGAUGGCUUCCAUGAUAUAAAGCGGGAGAAAUUGUGGGCACAUUGGAACGAUGCGUUCACCACAACCGUUAGCAUAGAACCUGAUAAUAGUACCAUGCAAUAAAGACACCCUGUAAAUGAGUGGCAA